AUGGGCGCCGACAGGAGUGACGGCUCCGGCUCCGGCUCCUCGAAUACGGAAGCGGUCGCAUCCGGAUACGACGAAAAGACACCUCUACUCGAGAAAACCCAGGAGGGCCCCUACGAAGACACCAAGCGGCGAAGGAGAUGGCUGUAUCCGUCGCGCAUAUCCGACGGCAUCGUCGCGGUGGUGGGCGUCCUCGCAACCCCCUUUGUCUAUACGGGGCAAUGCCUGGUGGCCGCCUUCUACUACGAAGAGGAUGGCCACUUCUCCUUUCUCGCCCCGAUCUACCACAUCUCGCGGACAUUCACUCGCGGACGUCGGAAAAAGGUCGCGGCGCACGCUUCACGAGCCUCGGCUGCCCCGGACCGUAGCGAGAAAGGCACGCGCAAGAGUCGCAGUUCGAGUGUCGCGCAGCCCGUCAUGAAACAACCCACGAGGCGAUCACUGUCAAUAGCAUCAACCUCGACCGCCAUGACGUCCGACUCGGAGAGCGAGCGAUCUCCAACACGCGACCCAGACACCGACAGCCCGUCGCGCCAUACCCGCUCCAAAUCCAGCGCAACCGCACGAGCAGACGAAAUCGCCCCGGCCAAGAGGUCGAUACGCAUCACGCUACAUCACAAUGAGGACGCUUUGAGGCAACGCAAGGCCGCGAAGAAGGCCCAAUCGUCCAAAAGUAACUCCGUCUCCUCCGAGGCUGCCGCUUCCCUCAAAUCACCCACUGGGCCGGCAACCGCGUCUUCGAAACAAUUGACCAAGUUCCCACGAGCGCCCCAACCCCCGCGCCCCCUCGUGCCACGCCGCCAGCCCUCGUACUCCGCUAAAGGCGUAUCCGCUGUCGGGCCGCACCAGAAGACGCUCAUCAUCGAUCUCGAUGAAACAUUGAUCCACAGCAUAGUCAACGGCGGUCGCUUCCAGACGGGCCACAUGGUAGAGGUCAAACUCCAGGCAUCUGUCGGCGCCGACGGGCAGGUUAUUGGUCCCCAGGUGCCGCUCCUGUACUAUGUUCACAAACGGCCGUAUUGCGACGAUUUUCUGAAAAAGGUUAGUAAGUGGUACAAUCUGAUCAUAUUCACCGCCUCGGUACAGGAAUACGCAGAUCCCGUCAUCGACUGGCUGGAGGUGGAGCGCAAGUAUUUUGCAGGCAGGUACUAUCGACAGCACUGCACUGUUCGCAACGGGGCUUACAUCAAGGACCUUGCUCAGGUCGAGCCCGAUCUCAGCAAAGUCAUGAUUCUUGAUAAUAGCCCCUUGAGCUACGUUUUCCAUCCUGACAAUGCCAUUCCCAUCGAAGGCUGGAUUAGCGACCCAACAGACCACGAUCUGCUGCAUCUUAUCCCGCUGCUCGAAGGCUUGCAGUAUGUCACCGACGUGCGUGCGCUGCUUGCGCUUCGGCUCGGCAUGCCCGCAUCCGCCUACUUGGACCAUCCAUUCUUCAAUGACGCCAUAGAAGCAAUACUCAACACCAUACUGCAUGAACACCGUCAGUAUUUCGAUCAUCAUAUCAGCUCAACACUUCUGCUCGAAGUGCUCCGUCGUACUACCACUGGCAAUGGGUCGGCAGACCGAAGACUAGUCGUAUGCAGUCGAAAGUUUACACUGUUCAUUCGCACCUUUGCACCCUACUUCGAUGUCCUUGGCACGUGCGUCGAAUUGCAGCCAGGAUGGGCAGGCUGUUUCUGGGCAACUGUUCGUGUAGUCUUCAAGAUGAGCAGUGACUGCGUGCUUGUCCUGGAGAAAAUUGCCGAUGUACUUGAAGCUAUUUCGCAAAUCAUACCACCUUAUCAGGACGUUUACAACAUCUGCAAGCGUAACGGAGCCGAGCGCCGUGGCGAGGCUGGAGAUCGUCAUCUGGCUGCACUUCUGUCCUACGUAUAUGCGGAUCUUGUACAGCUGUUCUUGGAGCUGUACCGUAUCUUCUGUCGUGGGGCACAAAGUACAACCAUCAGUUGUACGAACGUCAUCCACAGUGAGACACUAUGGCGACCCUUCGAUUCCCGGUUUGCACACCUUGAAACACGACUAGGCCAGCACAGGAGGUGGUUAGAAACAGAAACCGCGAACCAGACUCAAUACUACGCGGACAUCUCACAGCACCGCAGAAGUUAUAUCGACUUUUUGCAGCGCCAAAACGGAUCCGUAGUCAAUGGUCGUGUGGAGCAAGAUGAACAACGGCUCGCGAAGCGGUUGAGGAGAGUGGAGAAAGUACAGCAUUGGCUGUCGUCUUCUACGUCGAUUGCCACAAGGUCUCUGAGCACUCAACAACCUUAUCAAGAGUCCUGCGCUUGGUUCUUACGCGUUGCCGCAUACGCCCAAUGGAGGAGUCAGCGCUUUGACAGCAGCAUGGCCAACGAUCAGGAAGCUUUAGUCGGGAACUGGCAACAUCGCGUGUUGUUUGUGCAGGGUAGGUCGCCGUGCGCACACUUCAAGUACUCUAUAAACUGA